AUGAAUAGCAGAAAAGGGCACACGGUUAUGAACGUUGGAGCUGAUGGAGUUGCCAUCAUCACCAUCAUCAAUCCUCCUGUCAAUUCCCUCUCCUUUGAUGUAUUGCGAAGCUUAAAGGAGAGUUUUGAUCAGGCUGUGCAGAGAGAUGAUGUCAAGGCAAUUGUUGUCACAGGUGCAAAGGGUAAAUUUUCUGGAGGUUUCGAUAUUUCUGCAUUUGGUGGUGUUCAAGAGGCAAAAGAGCGUCCAAAACCUGGGUGGAUAUCGAUAGAAAUCAUCACUGAUACAAUAGAAGCGGCAAAGAAACCAUCGGUUGCUGCUAUUGAUGGCCUUGCUUUGGGCGGGGGAUUAGAAGUUGCAAUGGCAUGCAACGCGCGAUUAUCAACUGCAACUGCUCAACUGGGUUUACCUGAACUUCAGCUUGGGAUAAUUCCUGGAUUUGGAGGAACACAGCGACUUCCUCGCCUGGUUGGUCUAACAAAGGCACUUGAGAUGAUGUUGACUUCCAAAUCAGUGAAAGGGAAGGAAGCUUUUAACUUGGGGCUUGUAGAUGGUUUGGUGUCACCUGAUGAGUUGGUGAACACUGCACGCCAGUGGGCCCUGGAUAUCUUGAACAGAAAACGGCCAUGGAUUGCCAGUCUUUACAAGACUGCAAAAUUAGAACCUCUUGGGGAAGCUAAAGAGAUAUUGAAAUUCGCACGUGCUCAAGCUCAAAAACAGGCUCCUAACCUCAAACAUCCUCUAGUUUGCAUUGAUGUUAUUGAAGCGGGAAUAGUUUCUGGUCCCCGUGCAGGACUCUGGAAGGAAGUUGAAGCAUUUGAUGUACUGGUACAAUCAGAUACUUGCAAAAGCUUAGUUCACGUAUUUUUUGCUCAAAGAGGAACAACUAAGGUACCCGGGGUUACUGAUCGUGGUCUCGUUCCAAGACAAGUGAAGAAGGUUGCUAUCCUUGGUGGAGGGCUAAUGGGCUCUGGAAUUGCAACAGCUUUAGUGCAAAGUAAUUAUUCUGUCAUAUUGAAAGAAGUAAACCAGAAAUUUUUGGAUGCUGGUAUCAAUAGGAUUAAAGCAAACUUACAGAGCCGUGUUAAGAAAGGUACAUUGACUAAAGAAAGAUUUGAAAAGUCCUUCUCUCUUGUCAAAGGUUCUCUUGACUAUGAAAGUUUUAGAGACGUGGACAUGGUGAUAGAGGCUGUUAUUGAGAAUGUUUCCUUGAAGCAACAGAUCUUUGCUGAUCUUGAAAAGUAUUGUCCACCUCAUUGUAUACUUGGUAGCAACACUUCCACAAUUGAUUUGAACCUGAUCGGAGAAAAGACCAAGUCUCAAGACCGAAUUAUUGGAGCCCAUUUCUUCAGUCCUGCACAUGUUAUGCCACUUCUGGAAAUUGUACGUACCAAGCAGACAUCUCCUCAAGUAAUAGUUGACUUGUUAGAUAUUUCAAAGAAGAUAAAGAAAACUCCAGUGGUGGUUGGAAACUGUACAGGAUUUGCUGUUAAUAGAAUGUUCUUCCCAUAUACACAAGCAGCUCUCUUGCUUAUUGAACGUGGCACAGAUGUUUAUCAAAUUGAUAAAGCAAUCACCAAAUUUGGAAUGCCAAUGGGGCCUUUAAGAUUGGCUGAUCUUGUUGGUUUUGGCGUGGCGGUUGCAACUGGCUCCCAAUUUGUUCAGAAUUUUCCUGAGCGAACUUACAAAUCAAUGCUUAUUCCCCUUUUGCAAGAGGAUAAGAGGGCUGGCGAAGCAACUCGCAAAGGCUUUUAUGUAUAUGAUGAUAGACGGAAGGCCAGUCCUGAUCCCGAACUGAAGAAAUUUAUUGAGAAAGCUAGGAGCAUUUCCGGUGUCUCCGUUGAUCCAAAGCUUGUCAAGUUACAAGAGAAGGACAUCAUUGAGAUGAUCUUCUUUCCAGUGGUGAAUGAGGCUUGUCGUGUCCUUGAUGAAGGUAUUGCGGUCAAAGCAGCAGAUCUUGAUAUUUCUGCUCUCAUGGGCAUGGGUUUUCCAGCUUACAGGGGAGGUAUCAUAUUCUGGGCCGACUCUCUUGGAUCUAAGUAUAUCUGUUCAAGAUUGGAGAAAUGGUCAGAGUUGUAUGGACCAUUCUUCAAGCCCUGUGCCUACUUGGCUGCAAGAGCUGCCAAAGGGAUUCCUCUGGGUGCACCGAUGGAGCAAGCUAAGUCACGGAUGUAG